AUGGCGAGCUGGCGGCUCCCCCGGACCCCGCUGCUGCUGCUGCGGGCGGCCCAGCGCCGGCUCCCGGCUCCGCUCCGGCGCAGCGGCUCCGGCCCGGCCCCGCCGCGGCUGCCCGGCUCCCUGGUGCGCUCGGGCGGCUUCGUGGGAGGCCGCUGGGUGCAGGCGGCCGCCGCCUUCCCUGUGCUGGACCCGGCCAGCGGCGCCGAGCUGGAGCGUGUGGCGGACUGUGGCGUGGCCGAGGCCCGGGCCGCGGUGAGAGCCGCAUGGGAGGCCGGGCCCGGCUGGAGCGCGGCCCCCGCCAAGGAGAGAAGUGCGUUACUUCGCAAAUGGUACAAUUUGAUGAUGGAGAAUAAAGAUGACCUUGCUAAGAUAAUUACAGCAGAGAAUGGGAAGCCUCUGAAAGAGGCACAAGGUGAAAUUCUUUAUUCUGCCUCCUUCCUGGAAUGGUUUGCAGAAGAAGCUCGUCGCAUUUAUGGUGACAUCAUUCCACCUUCUGUGAAAGAUCGAAGGCUCUUGGUGCUGAAACAGCCUGUUGGAGUGGCAGCCGUUAUCACCCCUUGGAAUUUCCCCAGCGCUAUGAUUACACGAAAAGUUGGUGCAGCUCUGGCAGCAGGCUGUACUGUGGUGGUGAAGCCUGCAGAAGACACACCAUUAUCAGCAUUAGCACUUGCUGAGCUUGCAAACCAGGCUGGAAUUCCAGCAGGAGUAUAUAAUGUUGUCCCCUGUUCCCAACAACAAACCCCAGCUGUGGGGGAGGCUCUGUGCACUGAUCCUUUGGUAGCAAAAAUAUCUUUUACUGGCUCCACUGCUACAGGAAAGGUACUGCUGCAUCAUGCUGCUGGCACCGUGAAGCGGAUUUCCAUGGAGCUCGGGGGGCAUGCUCCAUUUAUAGUGUUUGACAGCGCUGAUGUUGACCGAGCUGUUGCAGGAGCUCUGGCUUCUAAAUACAGAAACUCGGGGCAGACAUGUGUUUGCACAAACCGGUUUUUGGUGCAAAAAAGGAUCCACGAUGCAUUUGUGGAAAAAUUUGCCAAAGCCAUUGAAAAAGAGCUACAUGUAGGAAAUGGAUUUGAUGAAGGAACUACCCAGGGGCCAUUAAUUAAUGAAAAAGCAGUGGGAAAGGUGGAGAGACACAUUAGCGAUGCGGUUUCUCAAGGAGCAUCCAUCGUGACAGGAGGGAAACGACACAGCUUUGGAAAGAAUUUCUUCGAGCCUACUCUGCUCAGCAAUGUCACAACAAACAUGCUUUGCACGCAAGAAGAGACAUUUGGUCCCUUAGCACCAGUUAUCAAGUUUGAUACCGAAGCAGAAGCUGUUGCUAUAGCAAAUUCAGCCAAUGUGGGUUUAGCAGGAUAUUUCUAUUCUCAAGACCCAGCCCAGAUCUGGAGAGUUGCAGAGCAGCUGGAGGUUGGAAUCGUUGGUGUUAAUGAAGGACUAGUGUCCUCAGUGGAGUGCCCUUUCGGAGGUGUGAAACAAUCUGGCUUAGGACGAGAAGGUUCAAAAUAUGGUAUUGAUGAGUACCUAGAAAUAAAGUAUGUCUGUUUUGGAGGCUUGUAA